AUGGAAGUUGCCAAUAACGACAAACAAAAACAUCUGAAUCUUAAAGUAGGUGAUUUCAUAUUAAUUCAUUGGGAGGCUUAUUUCAAUGGGGGUAGGUGCUUGAAAGUCCAACCAAUAUAUGUAGGACCUUUUAAAAUCGUUUCAACCACAAAUGCUAACGUUGUCGAAGUAGAUCUACUAUCAUCACGUAAGCUACACAGAACGAUCAACGUACAGAAAAUUGGAAGUUAUCCGUAA